AUGGCCGAUCGGGCCGAUAAUUUUUACUCUCCGUUAACCGAUGAUCAUUGGUAUUUCCCCAUCGAGAAGUAUGCAACCUUGGGUGUAUAUCGCUCCCUUGAUUGCCUAGAUGUCUUUCCUAGCAAUGUCUACGGAGUAAUCUCCUCUAACCGGGGGUUUUCCCAGACCUAUGUUGCAUCAUGUUCGGAAGAUCCCACUGCGCGCCUCUGGAUCGGCCUCAAAUUGACACCAAACCCGCCUGCACCGCCACCUCCCAUGACGCUAUUAUCCACUUCUCGACGAGGCCUCCGGUACCGCAUCGCUCGAGCCCUCAUCAUACUAAGUAUUAUAUGGACUUUAGCCGAACUGCACCUCAUUCAGCGUCGGGUGUAUGAGGUAGAACACUCGAUACCCAAAGACCGACCACAAAAGCAGGAACGGAUAUACAUCGCAAGUGUACAUUGGAACAACGAGCUUAUCCUGCGCAGUCACUGGAAUAAAGCGGUUCUCGAGCUGGUCUCGAAGCUUGGUCCCGACAAUGUGUUUAUCAGCAUUUUCGAGAGCGGGAGCUACGAUAAUACAAAAGGCGCAUUGACGGAACUGGAUUGGGAGCUUGAGCGGAUGCAGGUGCCGCGGAAUAUCACACUUUCGCCGGUGACACAUGAAGAUGAGAUUGCUGCGCCGGCUCAAGGCGAUGGUUGGAUUCAGACCCCCAGUGGAAACAAAGAACUCAGGCGGGUGCCUUAUCUAGCUCGAAUACGGAAUUUGAGCUUGCUGCCUCUUCGUGAUCUUGCUCGGAAGGGGAUUACUUUUGAUAAGAUCUUGUUUCUAAAUGAUGUUGUCUUUACGCCAAGUGAUGUCUUCGAGCUUUUGGAUACUAAUCACGGCGAAUACGGUGCUGCUUGUUCAUUGGAUUUCUCCAAGCCUCCGGAUUACUAUGACACAUUCGCUCUGCGGGAUAUUCAGGGCCACGAACCUAUCAUGCAGACAUGGCCGUAUUUUAGUUCUGCGGUAUCUCGACACGCAAUGAAGAACAUGGCACCCGUCCCAGUAACUAGCUGUUGGAACGGCAUGGGUAUGGCUAUCUGUUCUGUAUCAGCGUUGCAAAAUCUGACUUUCUCUAGUGGCAAUGCCUGCAAGCCCAUUCAUCGCCAAUGA